GCGGCGCGGGGCGGGCCGCGGGCGGGCGGCUCCGCCAUGGACGCGCUGAGCCGGGCCGGGCCAUCGCGCCGCCGCGCCGCCGUCGCCUCCCCCCUGCCCUGGGGCCGCUUCGCCGCCUGGAUCGACUGCGUGUGUGUGGUGACCUUCGACCUGGAGCUGGGACAGGCCAUGGAGCUGGUGUACCCCCACGACUUCAGGCUCACUGAGAAGGAGAAAACGAGCAUCUGCUACCUGUCCUUCCCAGACUCCUACUCAGGUGGCCUCGGGGACACCCAGUUCACCUUUCGGCUGCGCCAGGCUGGGGGGUCCCGCAGUUCCCUGUUCCAGGAUGAUGGCAGGUACAACCGGGAGGCCCCGCUGACACUGCAGCGAGAGGCCGCUCACUAUUUCGGGUACGUGUACUUCCGGCAGGUCAAGGACAGCUCCAUGAGGAGGGGCUACUUCCAGAAGUCUCUGGUGCUCGUGUCCCGCCUUCCCUACGUGAACCUGUUCCAGUACCUGCUGCAGCUGAUUGCUCCGGAGUACUUCGACAAGCUGGAGCCCUGCCUGGAGGCAGUGUGCAAUGAGAUCGACCAGUGGCCACCUCCAGUGCCCGGCCAGACCUUGAACCUGCCUGUGAUGGGAGUUGUCAUCCAGGUGAGGAUUCCAUCCCGGGUGGACAAGCCAGGCUCCAGCCCAGUGAAGCAGUGCAACCAGGAGAACCUGUUACCAGCCCCCCUGGUUCUCCCCAGUGUUUAUGAGCUGGAUCUGUUCAGGUGCUUCCAGCCAGUGCUGAUCCACAUCCAGAUGCUAUGGGAGCUGAUGCUGCUGGGGGAGCCCAUGGUGGUGAUGGCACCAUCCCCAAGCAUGUCCUCAGAGAUGGUGCUUGCCCUCACCAGCUGCCUGGCCCCUCUGCGGUACUGCUGUGAUUUCCGGCCGUACUUCACCAUCCACGACAGCGAGUUCAAGGAGUACACCACACGUACCCAGGCCCCGCCCAACAUCGUCGUGGGUGUCACCAACCCCUUCUUCAUCAAAACCCUGCAGCACUGGCCACACAUCCUGCGGGUGGGCGAGCUCCGUAUGGCAGGGGACCUGCCCAAGCAGGUGAAGGUGAAGAAACUGGCCAAGCUGAAAACCCUGGACACCAAACCAGGAAUCUACACUUCCUAUAAAACAUUCCUUCACAAAGACAAAACCCUGAUUAAAAGGCUACUAAAGGGCAUCCAGCGGAAGCGCCCCUCGGAGGUGCAGAGUGCUCUGCUGAGGAGGCACCUCCUGGAGCUCACCCAGAGCUUCAUCAUCCCUCUGGAGCAUUACAUGGCCAGCCUGAUGCCUCUGCAGAGGGCCAUCACUCCGUGGAAGAAUCCCCCCCAGAUCCGCCCAUUCUGCCAGGAGGAUUUCAUGAAGAGCCUGGAGCAUGCUGGACCCCAGCUCACCUGUGUGCUCAAGGGGGACUGGCUGGGGCUGUACAGGCGAUUCUUCAAAUCCCCCAAUUUCGAUGGCUGGUUCCGGCAGCGGCACCGUGAGAUGAGCCAGAAGCUCGAGGCCCUGCACCUGGAGGCCAUCUGUGAGGCGGACAUUGGGGCCUGGAUGAAGGACAAAUCCGAGGUGGAGAUUGUGGACCUCGUGCUGAAGCUUCGGGAGAAGCUGGUGAGGGCUCGCUGCCAGCACCUGCCCGUGAAAGAGGAGACCCUGCAGAGGGUGAGUCUCUACAUCGACACCAUCAUUAGCUCCCUGCCCGAGGACCUGCAGACUGUGCUGCACCACCCCUGAGCACCCACCCGGGGACUCCUGGAGCAGGAGAACUUGGCCAGCCUGUCCCAGCCCUCUCCCUCCCCGCUGGGGCAGCCCUUCGGAUGCCCUGAUCCAGCCGGAAUCGCACCAGGGGCAUGGGGAGCAGAGCCGGGCACUGCUCUGAGCUGGGCUGGAACUGUCCCCUGGGUGGCACCAGCAGGGCAGGAGGGACCCCAGUGUCCCUCCCUGGACACUUCAUCGUUGUUCGUGCUUGGAUCCUCGGCAUUCCUGCAGCCCCAGCCCGGCAGAGGGAGCAGGAGCAGCCCUGCAGGGCUCAGGACAGCUCCUGAGGAUGCUGAGGAGGUGACAGUGCCAUUUCUAUCCCUGGAUAGCCCCUGGGAGCAGGAGGAGGAAUUGCUGGACAUGGAUUCUGCUCUGUUUGUUUAGGGCAAAACCAGAGGAGGGGCUGGAGCAUCUGCAGGGAUCUGAGCUCCCUGGAGUGCAUGGCAAUGGCUGCUGGCCCCAAAUCCCAUUUAUUCUGCUUGAAAACCCAGCCUGAGCUCC